AAUGAACUCUUUGUUUGUUAGUGAGAGAUCUAUCGUCAUAGAUCCUAUUUCUGGCAGGGCCAUGCUGGGUAGCAACUCCAUUCAAGACCUUAAUUCUGGAGAUUAUCCACAAGAUAGGGUCAGGAAGUUCAUGAAAGACCAGAGAUUAACAAAUCGUAGCCAGAUGAAGUCGACUAGAAAUAUGGUAGUUUGCAAGAACAUCAUGACUCCGCCAGACCUCAGAAACAGCUUUUCAAAAGUUCCAAGCUAUGAGAGCUCUAUCAAGCCCUUUCUAGAGGAAACAGCAUGAUUUAAACAAGUGGAUAAGAGUAGGAAUAUCUCAACAGAGGGAAUUGAUGGUGCAAUCCCAAGAAAAUUUAGGCAUAAAAAUAAAAAGCUUUUUAUCGACCGAAAGGAGAUCCUCUCAGUAUUAGGUGGAACUCCUGGCGAAUACCACGGAUUCCAUACCGACAGAGGCAUUGGAGGCACAUUUAAUAACUGAAAUAACUUCUGGGACGAGAGAGGCAUUUUGGAAAAUAAGUUCUCUGCUGGUGCUCGACUCCCUCAAAAGAAUUUUCAGCGGAAAUAGGAAAAUUCAAGGAGCUUCCAAUUUAUCCUCGUUCGGAACUCAUAGCAAGAGCUUUAGUCAUAACAAAGGGUUUAAUAUCAAGGACAGCUCUUAUCAGACUAAUAAUGGAAAGAGGAAAAAUAUUAUCAAUGGCUUAAAGAGAUAUAAAAAUCUCAACAAGAAGCUACCCAACCUCAGAGAACAUGUACAAAGUCCCAAUUUGCAGAAACACAAAGUGUUUUCUGUAAACACCUGAGAACAGACUAAAUCCCCAGAUCUUGGUUCAAACAGAGUUGCUAAAUUGUCUCCUUUCCAAAAGCUAUCCAAGAAGGACAAGUAUGCGCCAGCAUGAAUUCCUAAGCUAAAGCUUAAAGGGAAGUUAUCAGAUCUUAUCUAGCAUGUUUAAAAACCACGAAUUAAUUCAUGUUGUGUCAGAAUUC